AUGGCUCGGGCAACGAAAAUGAAACGUGCAGCCGCGAUGCGGAAGGGAAAGCAAGGUGCUGCGUUGAAGGAGAAGACACUGGGUUUACAGCGGAGGGAGCAGGGUCUCGAGAUGGAAGUAUCCAACGGGAAUGGGAUCAAGGUUGCGCCGCAGAGUGGGAAGGAAAAGGAGAAGAAAACACGGGUUGUUCAACAGAAUGGUUUGGGUCCCGAGAAGGAAACACAGGUUGUCCAGGAAAAUGGUCAAGGUUCUACGAGGAAGGACGAUCAGCCCGCUAAACAGAAAGAGAAUCGCUCUUCCCAGCAGAAGAACCAACCUCCCCAGCAGAAAGACAACCAACCCGCCAGACACAGAGGAAAAGGCAGACCACGGAAGAAUCAGCCCCCAAAGCCAGCGCAGCCUGCAGACAAGGACGAAAACGAACCACAACAACAGGAUGGCAACUCCACAAAAACCAACCAAACCUCUGAACAGACAACCAAGCGCAAGGCUCCCCUCUCACAGAACAGCAACCCUCCCAAACGACGCCGCCGCAGUCCGGCGCCCAGUCCUCCUCCGAAGUCCGUACAAACCGAGGGAAUGCGUGCCCCCCGUUCGAGACGAAUUCCCUCGCAACACAACGAAGAGCUCCGCAGGACCCGGAAGAUGCGCGGGAGGGCACGAGUCGACCAGGCAAAGUUCCCAUUAACCGAAGGACAAACCAAAGGAAUAACAAAGUCUAAAGAAGACGGGGAGGAGGAACAACCCACAAAAAACCUCCACGCCCGGUCACGAAUAAGCGGUCCAACUCCGAAAGAAGCAGUCCGGAUACUGGCCCAUGAGAAACGGGAGAAAGUACUGCAAGAGAUACUGAUCCGCGAGCGACAGCAAAAGGAAGGGAAAGGGGUUGAAGAGCAAAACCCAGGCCAGACAGGACGAGUCCUCCGCAAUCAUUCCCAGCUGAGCAACAUCUCCCAAGCAGGAACUCGCCGACAACCCCCGAAAGAAACCCAGCCCCCUGCCCAAAGCAAAGAAAAACACACAGCCGCGCAGCAAAAACUGCUCUUCCAAACCCAGGCCGUCACCCAAGCCACCUACAAUGCCCUGACUCGCAAGCUAGACUCCAAAAGCGCAUUCACCGCGCAAGGACAGCAGACCGACGAAGACCGCGAAACCACAGAUAUCAUCAACGAACUCAACGCCCACCCCACCGACCUAGUCAGCCAAUUACCGAUCGGGAAGGUCUUCAACGUAGCACGAUACCUCGACACGCAGAUGCUAAGUCGACUAGCGCAGACCUGCAAAGCAUUAUACCAGAAACUAAAGGUCGAGCUGCGGCUGCGCAAAGACUCCGCUGAGAUUCCAGACUGGGCGUGGCGCGACGAGGUCCGACUGGGCCUGUUCGACGAAGAGGGCCGAAGAACAGUCGAGUGGAACAUCGAUACCGGGUUCCAUCCGAAGCCGAUGGAGCUGGCGACGCUGCACGGACGCGUGGACGAUGUACGCGCGUAUCUGCGCAUGGGCGCCGAUCCGAACUGUCUCAAUGUCUAUGGAAUCCGGCCGUUGCGGUGGGCGGUGGCGGCGGGGAAGCCAGAGGUCGUGCAACUGCUGCUGGAGGACGAGGCGGACGCGAACCUGCUGGACGAGGACGGGAGCGGAGGGGCGCUGGCGGGGCCGUUCAUUGGGAGGAGGGCAGAGAUGGAGCAACUAGUGGAAUCGCUGCUAGCCGCCGGCGCCCAGACGUGCAGCAUCGAGGCCUUCGAGAACCUCUGCCACUGUCGCAAAGCCGUCGCGUACAUCCAGCGCGCCAUCGCCAACGGCAGCAAAUUAGCCCAGCUGAGAGGUCUACGCGGCGAGACCGUGCUGCAAGUGGCCGCGACGCUGGGGCUGAAGGAGGUCGUGGCCGUGCUCGUCGCAGAGGGCCUCGACCUGGACGCAGUCAACGACCACGGCCAGACGGCGCUGCACUGCGCGCUCCGCGACGGCAGCGAGGAGACGGCCCUGGUGCUCAUGGACGCAGGCUGCGCCCUCGACCCGCUCGACCACUCCAACCGCGACGCGCUGGCUCUAGCAGUGGAGAAGGGCUACACGAGCGUCGUGACGCAGCUCCUCGAUACCCCCAACUCGAACAUCGACUUCAACGCCACGAGAAAGUACGGCGAGAACCCGUCAGCGGAUAGACGCCAUCUAGAGGGGGCGUUCCACUUCCGUCGGCUGGAUAUCAUGAAGCAGAUGCUGCUUAAACGAAGCCAUCAGCCCGAUGAUGUUCUGCAUGCUAAAUGUCGGGCAUUAGCCCGGUCGGAUCCGAUACAUGCGGAGGUGUAUGAGGAUAUUGCGCUGUUGAUGGGCAGUUCGAUGCUGAGUUUUGGGGUCGGAGCUAGGGUUGUUGUUGAUGCUGGGGUUGCGGGGGCAGAGGAGAGGUAG